AACCUCUAAAUAAACGGAUGAAAGUUGAGAAUGUCGAGAAUGUUGAGGAUUUAAAAGUUUCGUAUCAUCUUUUUUUGACCAUAUUUCUUGGCAUAAUACAAUAUCCUACGCCUGUAUGGACCCACCCAUUUAUAUGGACCCCUGCAGCCGAUGCUUGGAAAGAGGGCCUCGCACACCUACUAGGACCCAUUACAGCUUCUAUGAACAUUCUAAACGCGCUUACUUCUUAUUUUGAUAACACAUACGUUGAUGACUGGUCACACAUUGGUUGCCUCGAGUAUUUAGCAAAAGCUUGUUCACAUCUAACAUCAGAAGAUCGUAUUGAAAUUCUUGACGGUUACAAGGCUAAAUUACGUUCAAUAAGCUUGAGUCAAUCAGUGCUCCAAAAAUCAAGGAAGAAAGCCUUUAAGCUUGUUGAAACUGCAGAUCGCUCGUUCAAACGUAAUGAAAUUACUUUAUUUUUCGAAAAAUUAGACACACAGGUUGACACAAACGCCACAGAUGAUCUCGCGAACGCAAAAGGAAAUCUGCUAGAGUCAAAAUUGAAGGUCCGUGCAUAUAGCAAUGUUAUUGAUCUCGAAUCUGAUGAAGAUUCGGUGACAAGCAGGAAAAGGAAACAUAGUGAGAAAGAAAAUGGUCCAAAAACACCACCACCUAGACCUCUUCCAAACAAAGAUGCCCUUCUUAUUACUCCGAAUAAGCGUCAGAUGUCUGAAGAGAAAGUUAUUCGUUAUCUUAACACCAUGGAACAGUCAGUGAAGUACAACCGCGUUCACGUUCCGACACCACCUAUGUGGACUAAUAUAGAGAAUUAUGUUGAAAAUGCUCUGAUGAAGUCAGGAGGAGAUUUUAAGAAGGCUAUCAUGCUAGAAAUUGAGGGAGAUAAUGAGAACAAGCUCCGUCUAUAUUGCGAAAAAAUACUGAUCGAUUUAAAAAUCGGGGAGAGAAAAUAUAUUGUGCAGAAUCUCUCUUCGCUUUUCAAAUUUUAUGAAACAACAUUUGGAAAUAUAACCUUCGAUUGGAUCGAAUCUCAUUCCCAAUCAGCGAAAUUGACAAAAUCACAAACGUUUUCUGGAAUUGUUAAAUGGGAUGCGAAAGGUGUCCGAGGGUUUGAUGAUAAAGAAAUAUUUCAUAUGGAAGUUGCUGGAUCACCAUCGGCACCAACAAUAGGUCAUACAGUCGGGGACACAAUGAAAUCAUUGCAUAGUGACAUCUUGAAUCUAUCUGCACUUUUGCUCGAACACUUAGAUAUUCCUGUAAAGACUGCUACAAACAUAAAAGUGUUCAGUUUACAAGCCAUCAGUUAUCGAAUUACGCUGUAUUCUCUUAGCAUGACGGAUGAUGGUUCCUUUUUGGCAUCCGAAUUAGCCUCUGCCAUAAUUCCUUUUUCAUUCGAAGGUAGAUCAAAAUACAAAGCAGUUCUAUAUCUCAUGGUCGUUUUUCAUGAUGAAUUUAUAAAACAACUUUCAAUUAUGCAAAAACUUGAUUUUAACGUUAACCAUAAUGAAGGAAACGUGGUUCGGAAUGUGUUAAAAAUUCCUAAAUCUUUACGGGAUCUUUUAAAGCAAAGGCAGUCUUCAGAAUUAUAA